AUGUCACACGAUAAGUCUACGAAGGGGGAAGACAGCCGCAAUCAACACAGCAGCAGUGAUUGUAGUGAUGUAGAUGUUAUAUUCAGUGACCCCGACAUUGUAGUACUCAACAAGCCUACAGGAUUGAGGACUGUUCCAGGCAAGGCGGUCGGACCGGAGGCUGAGACGAGGGUGCAUGUGGAGUGGCACAGCGGAACCAAGAGGCAAAGGCAGGAGUUUUGGACGGACGUCGUACACACGGCAUGCGAGUCACUUCUUAACGACGAGAAGACCGAGGGCGAAGAGGAGUUCCGCGAUCACCUGCGCCGUCUGACGAAGGAAAACAACGUCCCGAGGAAAAGAAGCAAGUUUCACAACUACACGGCGGUGACUCUUGGUCUGGAAGGGGAGGAAGGGGACAAGGUGUCCGCUCGUCUGUGGGACACCGUCGACGGUCACCUCAAGAAAGAGGUCGGCCCCGGGGUGGACUGCCUCUUGACGCGGGUGCAAUCCAGGUGGCCCGAGGCCCGGCAUGUCCAUCGUUUGGACCAAGACACUUCGGGACUGGUUGUAAUGGCUCUGACGGUAGAGGCGGCGAGGGAGAUGUGUCGGCAGUUCCGUGAGCGGGUUCCUUCCAAGACGUACACCGCGGUAUUGGAAGGGAGGAUGGCCAAAACGCCCAAGAGCGGCGAAGUCACGGCCAAGCUGCGGCCUGAUACCGAUAAUCGGCCUAAACAGAUGUUCUGCGAAGAGAAGGGGAACGAGGCGCACACGAAUUGGGAGCGGAUAAAACGGAAGGAGGACCGGACAUGGGUGGACUUUACACCGGUAACGGGCAGGACCCACCAGAUCCGAAUGCACGCUGUGCACCUCGGCCAUCCGGUGAUGGGAGACUCGUUGUACGGCACACCCGAAGGAACGGCCAAGUCGGAGAGGCUGCUGCUUCACGCGAGGAGGAUAUCCUUCCCGCACCCGCGAACUGGCGAAACGGUCGAGUUUGAAUGCCCUCCGCCAUUUUAA